AUGAACCAAGACGAGACGCAAUUUCCAGAGCAGCCUUCCAAACGACUCCCUAAGGUCAGGCAAGCGUGCGAUUGCUGCCAUGCCCGAAAAAUCCGCUGCGAUGGACAAAACCCAUGCUCCAACUGUCAAAUGACAAUACUAGCAUGUACAUAUCUUGCUGUACCCAAAAAGAAAGGACCAAAAGGAAAGAGAGUCUUUAGAGAUGGCGCAAAAGAAGGAAAACGUGUGAAAAAGUUGCGGAUGGGCCAAGGGAAUUCGAAGGUACAUACUAGUCCACCAAAUCACCAGACUAAUCGAACUCGGAUGCCCUCUGAAUCUACGGAAGGUAUCAUCACUGAAGAGAAUGGGUUUAAACCUUCUGCCUUGAUAACAGACGCGGUCAUUACGAGCUGUGUCGAUGCAUUUUUUACACACAAAUAUCCCAUUAUGCCUAUUUUAGAGCACGAAUCGGUCAAUGCCGCACUACCCAAUAUCCGUCAAUCGCCUGAAAGAUACGCUCUUAUCACUUCUUUGUGUGCUGGAAUCGUCCAACAACCUGAGAUCAUAGCGUCGCCGAUUGCAACGGCAUACGGCUCACAAGAGAUACCACUACUGGAGCUACCAGCAUCGGAGCACUUCAUUCAGGAAACCGUCCGAGCGAGGCAAUACUGUAAUUAUAUCGACUCGCCAACACUGGAAACUGUUCAAACUUCGUUCUUCUUAUUCGCUGCUCUAUUCUGUUUGGGAAAAGAUAAUUCAGCAUGGUUCUACAUUCGAGAAGCGAUGACAGUUCUGCAACUGCUUCGCUUGCACGAAGAAGACACUUACCAAAAUCUCGCCGAACCGUAUGCGACAUACAGUCGUCGAACUUUCUGGCUUUUAUUCAUCACAGAAAGAGCUUACGCUCUACAGCGCCAUCGACCGUUGACGCUUCAACGCACCAUAUCACUUCCCACGGUCUCACCUGGCCCAGAAUCAAUCAUUCUGUCAGGGUUCCUAGAUCUGGUUUCGCUUUUCCAAAACUUCGAUGAUGAGUUCCUCAGUCUUUGGAAUCUUUCAACCACGGUUGGCGCAUCUUCUGGGUCAUCAGCAUCACCGCAGUCGCUCAUACAACUUCAAGAUAUCUUGAAAUUCGCUAUCCCGAAUGUCUCGCAGAGGACAGAGGUCCAGCAAGCCGAUCUUCUCAUUAGUAGACAGUGGUUAAAAACUAUGGUCUGGCAACUUUGCGUAACAAAAGGUCUUCUGUCCUCCGCUCCAUCAAAUGAGGCCAUGUCGUUUCAAUAUCCGGUCACGAUCGCGAGGGACGUUGUAUUUGUUUCCCGGAAUCUGUCACCAAAGGCACUAGAAGCAAAUGGUGUUGGAAUCUUGGAGAAGAUUUUCGACAUAGGAUGUAGUCUUGCCGAUGUUCUCCAGCUGCAACCAAAUCAUAUGUAUGCAUCAGCGAUGGAGAUUGGACCAAGAGACUACCUGAUGGAAAUGGUGCGACUUUUAUCGAUAGGUAGAAACAGCUUAGGCGUCCAAGGUGCAGCUGGCGGUAUCAAUGGAGGAGAGAAGUUCUUAAGGUUACUUGCAAGGAAAGCGGAGGACUGUUUAAAUCCUCGAAUUAGUCGAGGAAGCUUAUCGGACAGCGACGAGUCGAGAUGUAUCGAGGAGAUUGAUGACGACGAGAAUCUUGAAAAUGGGAUUGAGGAUGCGAUCAAUAAAACUGAAAGACCCGGAUAUUAUAGUGCUCCACCGCCACCUUGGAGUUCUAGCAAGAAAAUUGUUCGACGAAACGAUGUGUGGUCUACAUAA